UCAACUAAAAAUGUCACGUAAUUCCUAAGAAUGUAAGGAAACUGCUAAUUCCUAAGAAAACAUAACAAAAAAAAAUGUCACUGGUAAUCAAUUCUCUGCGCAGUCAUUUCUUCAAGCACCUCCUCUGCACCUCCACAGCUGCCGCCGCCGCCUCCACCGCCACUGCCCUUAUUUUCGGCCACCGAACCCGGGGUAUCGUUGGGCAAAGCCGCUUCUCAGACUCAGUGUUCUUUUUCUCAGAAAGAUACAAACUUUUAAGCCAGCUGGCUUCAAAGACUGCUACUUUUUCAACCUCACGCUCUUCUUCUUCUCUGGAGACUUUACCGACCGAUUCUUAUACUUCUCCUUACCUUUCUGUGACCAUUUGCUGCCAGAAAAAUGUUGCAGAUAUGCUUUCAGAAGCCCUUUUAUGUUUUGGAGCCAACUCUACCAGCAUUGAUGAACAUGAUGAUGAUAGUGAAGUUGGUGAUGAGAUUUGCAUCAGUUCCAUAUUCUCUGUAAGUCAGGAUGUGAAGGAAAGCAUAUCACUUGCUGUUGACUCCAUAGGCUUGAAAGAGAUACCAAGUUAUGAUGUAGUGAUGCAUGACCACACUGAUUGGAUUAAGGAAAGUCAGGAAUCAUUUCAUCCUGUAGAAGUUAUUGAAGGAAUUUGGAUCGUGCCUGAGUGGAGAAAGCCCCCAGAUCUUCAAGCAACUAAUAUAAUUCUAAACCCUGGAUUAGCAUUUGGGACCGGGGAUCAUCCUACAACUAAGUUAUGCCUAAUGCUGCUCUAUGAUGUAAUAAAAGGAGGAGAAGUUUUCUUGGAUUAUGGGACAGGGUCUGGUAUCCUCGCUAUUGCAGCAAUUAAGUUUGGUGCAGCUUUUUCAGCUGGGCUGGAUAUAGACCCCCAAGCAAUUACAGCUGCUCAACACAAUGCUGCUUUGAAUAACAUACAGCCUGAAAAACUGUUUUUAAGUCUGGUUCCUAGUACAGGCAGUGCUACUUUUACACACGAAAUUGUAAGUAAACCUACAGACAGGCAGCAUUUAAAUGAUAAAGGAGUUUUCACCGAGACAGAGAAGUUUCAUGUUGUUAUUGCAAAUAUACUGCUGAAUCCUCUGCUAGAUUUGGCUGACCAAAUUGUCUCCCAUGCAAAGCCUGGAGCCACAGUGGGUCUAUCGGGUAUCAUAUCUGAGCAGGUUCCGCGCAUCAUCCAACGGUACUCACCAUUCUUGGAAGAUAUUAAAGUGUCAAAGAUGGAUGAUUGGGCUUGCCUAGCUGGUUUUAAGAAAAUAAAUCUUGGUUAAUGUCAUGUUCAAAAUGCAGCCCAUCCAGAAUAAUUAAGCACAGUGGACAUGAUGAGCAAGUGAUUAUAUACAUACAUACAUAUAUAAAAUUUAGCUAAUUCUUUUAAAGGAAAAAGGUGGCUAUUAUA